CUACCCUGUAUUACGAGUGUCUCUACUUACCAAAUACUAACCCUUUUAAGUUCAUCAGAAUGUCUUCUGAAUUCUCUACAAUCCAGCCUGGAGGAUCGUUGAUUCUCGCAUGGCGUAUUCAAGGAAAAAAGGUCUUAGUAAUUGGCGGCGGAGCAGUUGCAUCUGGAAGAAUCAAUCAUGUUUUAAAUGCUGACGGAAUUCCAAUUGUUGUUAGUCCUGAGAAAGGACUUUGUAAAGAGGUAGAGUUUCGCAUCCAUGAAAAACAAGUGGAAUGGAGAAAUCGAGAAUUCUCUCCAGAGGAUGUUACAGAUGAUAUAGCCAUGGUUUUAUCAGCAGUUGAUGACCCUUCUUUGUCUACUCAAAUUUAUCAGUUAUGCCAGUCUAAACGAAUUCCUAUCAACGCGGCUGACAUUCCACCAGAAUGCGAUUUCUACUUCGGCGCAGAGAUUCGAGAAGGACCACUUCAAAUUAUGGUAAGCACAAAUGGUAAAGGUCCCAAGCUUGCUACCAUCAUUCGCAAUCAUAUUCGAGACAAUCUUCCAGACGGUGUAUCUCCUGCUAUUACCCAAACCGGACUAUUGAGACAAAAGCUUAGAGAACUAGCACCUACGCCAGAAAUGGGAAGAAAACGUAUGAGGUGGAUGAUCCGCCUCUGUGAGAAAUGGACCUUAAACGAGCUGGGAUCUCUAAAAGAAGAGCACAUGGACAAACUGUUAUGCCAUUUCCCUUCUUCCGUCCCUACGUAUAAAGAAUUGACGAGACCACCACCUAGCGCAUUUGCGAACUGCAUUUGGGCUACCACUAUUCUUCUGACAGGCGGUCUGGUUUUUGCAAAAUAUUGGAAACAACGUUGA